GAAGCACAGCAAUGGCCGCAGCAACAGUAGAAGCUCAGCCACCCAGAUCUUCAUCAAAUGGGCCUGCAGAUUCCUACAUCGGCAGCCUCAUCAGCCUCACCUCCAAGUCCGAAAUUCGCUACGAGGGUGUCCUCUUCAACAUCGAUACCCAAGAGUCCAGCAUCGGUUUGAGAAAUGUAAGAUCAUUUGGAACUGAAGGGCGCAAGAUGGAUGGUCCACAAAUACCUCCAAGCGAUAGAGUUUAUGAAUUUAUACUUUUCCGAGGAAGUGACAUCAAGGAUCUGCAGGUCAAAUCUUCACCUCCAGUUCAAACUAACACAACUGUACACGAUGAUCCUGCCAUUAUUCAGACUCACUAUUCUCAAGCAGUGACUGCGUCAACAAGCUUACCGUCUUCUAGUAUUGCGUCCAUUCCAGAUGUUAGUGCCUACACUCCACAGAUGGGACUCCCUAAGCCACCAUUUCAAAGCACUCUUCCAAUGUAUCAACCUCUUGGAAGUCUAGGGUCUUGGGGUUCUUCAGCCCCUCCAACUACAAAUGGCAGUGGAAUGCCCAUGGCAAUGUAUUGGCAAGGAUUCGCUGGGCCCUCAAAUGGAUUUCAACACCAACAGCAAUCACUGCUUAUGCCCUCACCCGGCUUGUCAAUGCCACCUUCUAUGCAACAACCAAUGCUAUAUCCUACCAUGAAUGCAUCAUUGUCUGCUGGAUCUUCUGGUCCUUCUAUCUCUAAACCAUCAGAGUCACCCUCUGCUUUCUUGACACCCUUUGGUACGGGCACUCCAAACUUGCAUUCCCCUAUGCUUUCUUCCCAGUCGCCUGCCCCUACUAUGGGCACUCUGGGGGAUUUGCAAUCUUCUAUGUUUCCUUCGAAGUCUUCUGCAACAGUUUCAGAAUCAUCCUCAAGUUUGAUUCUUAACAAGGCUUCUCCUCAAACUCUUCCUACUGCUGCAUCAAGUACUAGCUUGCCCUUGGUUUCACCACUGACUCCUGCUCUGGACAAAACUAACAUCCUAUUACCAGCCUCUGACAAGCCUAAAACAGGCCCUACUGCUGUAAUGCCGCUAACAUCUGAAUCUGUGUCGUCCAUGGCUAGGACAUCAGGUUCAGUUUUACCUGAAGGAGCAAUGCCUCCAUUAGUAACCCCAGGCCAGUUUUUUCAGCCUGAGCUCACCAUGGUAUCUUCAUCCCAGCCUUCACAAACAGCUCAGAGGGAUGUUGAGGUAGUCAAGGUAUCCUCAUCAGAAUUACCACCAUCACCAGCAGCAGCAGCAAAGGAUUCGCAGGAACCAAUAUUGCCUCUACCCGCACCAUCCAUUCCUAAGCUGCAUGGAGCUCAUGCCUUCGGUCAUCAAAGUUACAGAGGAGGUCGUGAAAGAGGAGGUCAUGCCUUCAGUCAUCAGAGUUACAGAGGAGGUCAUGAAAGAGGAGGUCAUGCCUUCAGUCAUCAAAGUUAUAGAGGGGGACGUGAAGGAGGAGGUCAUGCCUUCACUCAUCAAAGUUAUAAAGGUGGGCGUGAAAGAGGAGGUCAUCCCUUCAUUCAUCAGAGUAACAGAGGAAGUGAAAGAGGUAGAGGAAACAGGAUUUCACGUCCUGUGACUAGAUUCACCGAGGAUUUUGAUUUCACAGCAAUGAAUGAGAAAUUCAACAAGGAUGAAGUAUGGGGUGACCUUGGUAAAAGUAAUAAAGCUGUAGAAGAUGGAGGUGAAUCACAAGAUGAAGAGGAUGUCGGAGCUUCACCAUGUGAUGAUACCAAGAAUGUUUACGUUAAGGAUGACUUUUUUGAUUCUCUGUCCUGUGAUGCACUUGAUCGUGGGUCACAGAAGGGGAGGACCAAGUUCUCAGAGCAAAUGAGAAAGGAUACUGAGACGUUUGGCUAUUCUCCAAGGCAUCGGGGUGGAAGAGGUGGUCGAUGGAAUGGUCGAGGUGGCCGAUGGAAUGGUAGUUAUCAUGGAGGUGGUUAUGGCUAUGCUGGACAGGGCCGAGGACAAAGCUUCCCUAACCGUGCCUCCUACUAAGCAUUGCCUUUCAGUGCCUGCUGAGAUGAACCUCAGAACUCUUGGUGUGCCAAGAGAUAUAGCUAUGAAGGUUUAGUUUUUUGUACUUCUGGGCAUUGUGCUCGCAAUAAGAUAUUCUGGAAUAGUCG